GAUCCUUUCUUUGACAAAUCAUUCGUGUUUCUCUGUGUCUGUUGGAUUUGUUUUCUCUUCACCGCCACCAUGUGUAAGGGGCUCGCAGCCCUACCUGCAACCUGCUUAAGAAGUGCGAAAGACAUAAAGCAUAAAAUUGGGUUCCUGCUUCAGAAGGCUGAGCCGGGUCAAGAGCAGAAGCCUGUUAAGGAAAAGGAAAAGUGUGCUGUGGAGAAAAGCUCUGCUCCUAUUGACACUGAGAAAUGGAAAACAUCAUUUAACAACCUGAUUAAUAAUGACGUUGGACGGGCCGCCUUCAGUGCCUUUUUAAAGUCCGAGUUCAGCCAGGAGAACAUUGAGUUCUGGGUGGCAUGUGAGGACUUCAAAAGAACACCUGCGCUACAGAUGCAAGCCAAAGCCAAGCAGAUUUUCAAACAGUAUGUCGACGUCGAUUCACCGAAUGAGGUCAAUUUGGACUCUGCAACAAGAGAAGAAACUCGGAGGAACCUGGAAAAGUGUGACGUGACCUGUUUUGACGAGGCUCAGAGUAAGAUUUUCACGCUGAUGGAAAAAGACUCGUACAGGCGCUUUCUGAAGUCCAAACUAUUCCUUGACCUGGCUGAGCCAUGCAGGGACGAGAAACACUGUGGUCUGGAGAGGAAAGGGACCUUCGCUGAGUUUAGCCAGCGCCUCCUGCCUCAUUGUGCCUAAAUCUAAAUCAGAAAUCUUUCUUAGGCUUAGAGUUUGGGGAUCAGUUCAUUUCUAGGAGGAGAGUCGGAGAGUUAAAGGUGAAGGGUUAAGUCAGUGACGUAAACACAAUCAGUUGAACACCAGAAGCAACGAAUAAGGAUGUGUGUUCAUUGUUUGUUUGUUUUUUUCAGGUACGUGUCGCUUUAAUGUGUUUAGAAUAAUUUGAGAAAAUUAUUCAGAACCUCCAGUGUAGCAUUUCUGUUUCUUACUGUAUUUUGGUAAUUUUGUACACAAACAAAAAUAAAUAAAAUAAAAAAGAAACCACAUUUGUAACCCUAUCAGAUGCUUGUGUAAGAAUAAACUUUAGUGAUGAAGUGAAUAACUGUUACAGAAGAUAAGGAAGACCUGGGCUGCAUAACUAUAUAAUCUGUGUGUUAUAUGUAUUUUUGCUGCCCAGUUAGAAUAAACAUAGUCUUAGUAAUAAUCAAUGAAACCCUUUGAAUAUUAAUGACAAACAAAUGUGACAAGCUCUAUUUACAAAUGUGAUGGUGUCCAUUUUGUUACAGUACUGUGAAUUGAACAAGUCUGUCCUCUUGUCAUGUCACUUUAAGUCUUUUUCGAAUAAAUGGAUUUAAACUG